UGCUGGGAUUGUAGAGGACAGGUUUGGGGGACUCUGUGAGGAGAGCUGGCAGAACAGCUAUCUCAGUCCUCCAUGUUUGAGUCAGCUCCUCAAAGACCAUUUCCCGAAACAUCUAAUCCACUGUGAUGGGUCUGGUUAUCCCCAUCCUGAUGCGUGCCUGAUCGUAGUCUGGCUCUGCUAUCUCAUCUGUCCUCUGCCCACACACUGUGAUGUCUGCCAGGAUGCCAACUUUGAUUUCCUUGGCUUCAGUUUCUUUACCACCCAGGGGGUCGCCUUUGUAUAAAGCAUAAAGUUUUGACUACUACUACUCUCAGAAGAAAAUCCAAACUUUUAGCAAAACAUUUAAAUCCCUGUCAAUCUGCGGGAGACCAGUUCUUUUUGUUCCCUUUCUUCGGUUUCUACAAUGUGUCUCUGUGAGGAAAGAAUAGAGGAAAUUUUACAUUUCUUUUAGAUGGGGAAAAAAGACCUAAAACCAAAGAUCUAACUCCAGAGCAAAGCCUGCCUGUGGAAAAGCCAUCCUUGGGGGUGGGAAUGGAGGAUUUACAGGUAGGUAACUUCUUCAGUGUCCACGAAGGAGAGUCUUCUCCUGAUGGUCCAACAGACUUGUACCAGGUCGACCAGGAGAAACUUUCAAGUCCUAUAAAGAUGAGUGAGCCUGAGACCCCCGCUCAGGAAAGAGGCCGUGACAGUGAUGAUUUUGAAAGAAGCUCAGAUCUCACUAAACAGUCAGAAGGUCCUCCAGGAAAGGACCCCCAGCAAUGUGCUACUCCUGGAAUUGUCACCAGCCCCCAGCCAGUGGUUGAUGAGCCUUUGCUCCAAGAGAACAGAGACAACAGAUGUGGAUUUUGCGAAAGAACUUUUAUCACCCAAAGAGCUCGUGAGAGACAUGAGCAGUUGCAUGCUGGGAAGAAACCCUUUGAAUGUAAACGAUGUGGAGAAGCCUUCAACCUCAUGCCACACCUCACCAGACGUCAGAGGACUCAUUCCAGUGAGAAGUCCCGUGGAUGCAGUAAAGGUAGAAAGUCUUUCACCCGGCACACAAACACGUGUGGCUGUGUAAGAACUCAGGGUCAGGAAGACUACUUCGAAUGUUUCCAGUGUGGCAGAGCCUUUAUCCAGGAUGUGCAUCUUUUCCAACAUCUCAAAGCCCACGAGGCAGCCAAAGCUCUUCCCCCUAGGUUGCCCCGCACUAAGACGUAUUUCAUUCGCUAUCAGCGGAAACAUGACUAUAUCGGAGAGAGAGCCUGUCAGUGUUGUGACUGUGGCAAAGCCUUCAGCAGGACUUCACACCUCAUUCAACACUAUCGAAUCCACGCCCAAGAGAGGCCUUACCAGUGUAAGCUGUGCGGGAAAUGUUUCAGCCGACCCUCCUACCUCACUCAACAUUAUCAGCUCCAUUCUCAAGAGAAAGCUGAUGAGUGCAAUUCCCACUGAAAACCUCUAGUCAGAGAACAUUCUCAACAUCGUUGGCUUCAUUCUGGAGAGAGACCCUCUGAAUGUGAGAAGGCCUUCCGCCAUCCCUCACAAUUUCAUCAUGGUGUGAUUUUUAAAAUGGCGAAUAGUUGCAAGGGUAUACAACAGUCUUUCUGCAAAAGAAGAUUCAGCACAUGUGUCAGUAGUCACACAGAUGAAAAUCCUUACAAAGAAUAUCUUUGUUGCAUAGGAAAGAAGCUAAUAGAUUUUGCCUUUCUUUGGUGGUAUUUGUAGAUGGAAAAACUUCAUUUAAAAAAAAAAUUUAAAUCCAAGUUAGUUAACAUAUAGUGUAGUCUGGUUUUCAGGAAUAGAAUUUAGUGAUUCGUCACUUACAUAUAACACCCAGUGCUCAUCUCAACAAGUGCCCUCCUUAAUGCUCAUCACCCGUUUAGCCCAUCCCCUCACCCAACACCCCGCCAGCAACCCUCAGGUUGUUCUGUGUAUUUAAGAGUCUCUUACGGUUUGCCUCCCUCUCUGUUUUCAUCUUAUUGGAAAAACCUUCAUUUUGACACCGUGACAAAAAGUUUGUGACUGGCAGUUGGGCUCCAGGCAGGCAAUCUAUUCCCAAGUUUUUCUAGAAGUGUUUACAUACAGUAACAUCACCAUGUGGGAUGCAUCAACCCAGAGCAUGGUUAAAAAAGAUUUUCAAGCUGUGCUUAUAGUAAUUUAGCCACAAAGCUGAUGUAAUUGGUAUUUACACAGUACGUCAUAAUUUACAAAACAUUGCCAUGUAUAUUAUUUUAUUUGAUCUUUUAAGGAAUGCUGCAGUGUACCUAGUGAGCACAUCUGUUGUGUUUUUAUAGGUAAAGCAAACUUGAAAGUCCCAAGUUGUCAGUUGUGACCUAGGUUGUAAGGGAUGAAGUAGGAACUAAACCCAGGUUCUGUGGGGUUUUUUUUGCGAUUUCAUGAGGCAUUUAUUUCAUAUUUUGAUGUUCAACCCAGGCUUUCUUUAUUCCUGCCAUAUCCUCUCAGAAGAACAGGUACAGUAGGAUACCGAGUUCAGCCACCUUCCUCUUGAGCAGUUCCGGCACUGUUUCAUGUGAAAUCAGAGGAAGACACUCACAGUAUUAGAGGUUCAGAAAGCUUUCUUAGGGUGAAGUUUUGAUAGCCAUUUCUCUCAGGAUUUAGGAUUUGAGACGGUAACUUGUGAAAGUAUAUUUUUACUAAACACUUCCUCGUAAUUGUUCUUAUAGAUCAUAAAACCAUUACUGAUCAAGUAGAGUUUUUUGGUAGUUUCCUAUAGUUGUCUGAGGGGUUGUGGUUUCUUAUUUCCCUUCUCCCCCCUUUAAACAAAUCUUGUUUGAGAGCUUUCUUGGGCUCUGGCACUGUUAGCUUGCCGACUUCAUCUAAAAUCCUAAUGCAAUGCAGAACACACUUCCUUUUAAAGGUAUGAGCCCUGAAUUGCACUAAAAAUCUCUUUAAUACCAUAUUGCUAUAAUGAUAAAGGCUCUCCAUCACUGCCUUGCCUGCUGGUCAAAUACAAAGACACAUGGUAACCAGCUGGACCUGGAGUCCCAGAACCUGACUCCUUGCCUGGAGGGGGGGGUUGUUGCUGUUGUUACUCGCUGCCCAGCUUUUUCUCUCCCAGCCAUUUUGAGGCUGGUUUACAAUAGGCGGCUCCAAAGUCAUGAAAUUAAAAACAAACAAGACUCAUCAGAACUUGAUGAGCCAAAUGAGCGUUAGCUGCACACCCCCCCCUUCUUCAUUUCCAAAGUUCUUGAUGAAACAGACCUCAUGGGCUGGCCCUAUUUUCUAAUCACAGUCCCCUCUUCAACACACCAUAAACUGAUUAAUGAUCUUGUCACCACUACCACAAGGGGAAACGAUGUCAAUGCAUCUCGUUCAUCAUGGUGAUGGUAAUUAGCCUUGAUGCCUUGAUUUAAAAUGGCGUGCGCUGGGUUUUUCUAUUGUAAAGUUGCUAUUGAUUUCCCUUUGUAGUUAAUAAAUUUCUCGCUGGAGAAACUUUGAGACCAUGGAAGCACAGAUCUUCCUCGACUUACAAUGAGAUUUUCUCCUGAUAAAACCUGGCAUACAUUGAAAAUAUCAUAAGCCAAAAAUUAAUUUAAUGUGCCUAAUCUACUGAACGUCAUAGCUUAGCAUAGCCCACCUUAAAUGUGCUCAGAAAACUUAUGUUAGCCUAUAGCUGGGCAAAAUCAUCUAAUCCAAAGCCUAUUUUAUGAUUAAGUGUUGAAUAUCUCAUGUUGUUUACUAAAUACCGUACUGAAAGUGAAAACCAGAAUGACUGCAUGGGUACAUAAUGUUUGUGUGCUGGUGGUUUACUCUGGUUGCGAGGCUGACAGGGAGCUGGGGCUUGCUGUCACUGCGCAGUAUCAUAAGUGAGUAUUGUACCACAUACGAUUGCCUGGGAAAAGAUCCAAAUUCAAAAUCUGAAGUAUGGUUUCAAGCGAGUGCAUGUUGCUUUUGCACCAUUGUAAAGUCAGACAGUCAUAAGUUGAACCAUCGUAAGUCGGGGGCCAUCUGUAUCCAGCUUCUCCUCAAACUUUAAGUCACUAAAGUUUAGCAUCUAGCAAGCGGAUCUUGUCUACAGCCAUUGUUACUCUGUGCAUUAUUACUCUACUGUCACUGCAAUAGCAAUGGUGAAUUUUUAUUUCUCUCCUUCCUUCUACACGUAGUAAUUAGAAUUCUCCUGUGAGGAAGAGUUGCCUUCCCUAUUUAUUUACUCAGUAAUUUUUUUUAUAGCAGUAUGGAUUCAUGGAUAUUUACUUUAUCUUAUGGGUUGUAAUUUAGUACUAUUGGUAUUCAUUUGUUCAGAUUCUUUCAGCUUUGGCUGUAUGGCAUUGGCCAGCUUCCAACCCUGUCAUGUUGGCUCCUCGACCUUUUCAACAAGCUCCCAUUCUUUUCUGAACACUUCUAACUUGUUAUACCCUCCUUAAUCUCUCUCCCUUCACUUCCAAGUAAACCCUGCUGUAACUUCUUGAUGGCUUCUCUCUCCUGUCCUGUGAAAUCUGCUUCUUUCCCCAAGGCUAUCAGUUUAUUCAGGCUCUUAUCAAUCUCAGUCAUUCCACUUCUCCCUUCACCAUUUUUGCAAAAUCUGCAUUAUAUCAGGAUUGUGAUUCACUUAAUACAUUUCUUUCAAUUGUCUCAUCCCUGUUUUUUGAAACUUUAAUAUACUACUUUAAAAGGAAAAUAUUAAGUCACCUCAAACAAAGGGUUUUACCCAGGCCAUAAUCAGAUUUCCCUGGUUGUUGCUAAGAUGUCUUUUUACAGUUCGCCUAUUUGAAUCAGAUCCAAACAUGGUCCACAAAUUGCAUUUGGUUGUCUGAUCUCGAGUCUUAAUCUACAGCAGUCU